AUGCGCGAACAUAUAUACUCUUGGAAAGUACGUAAUACACAUCCAUCAAGGUCACACCAUCCAACCCUGCAAAGAUCACACAACAUGUCUAACCAGCCACAAGCCAAGCCAGCACCGAAUCUCAACCUUCCCAAGAGCGAUAACGUCUGCGAAGUUGCGAUUAUUGACACUACUUGCGAUUUGGUGUGUCAUCCGUCGACGUUGAUCGAGCCGGAUAUUCCUAGCCAUGAGUGGUUGAAUCUGCCCACUUACUCCUUCUACAUCAAAAACAAAAGAUCCGGUGAGCAGGUCCUCUUUGACCUUGGCAGUCGUCGCGAUUGGCAGAAUCUGGUGCCACAUGUGUACGAUGUCGUGAGUGUGCGCGUUCCAGGCUUGAAGGUUGAGAAGGAGGUUAUAGACAUCAUCAAAGAUGGCGGCGUCAACCCAGAUGAGAUCAAAGCGAUGAUACUGAGCCAUUGGCACUAUGACCACUCAGGCAACAUUUCCCGCCUGAACAAGAAGACCGAUAUCGUCGUAGGACCAGGCUUCAAGAAAGCUUUCGAGCCAGGAUUCCCAGCAAACCCGCAAUCCACAUUCUACGAGGCAGACUUUGAAGGCCGGAAGUUCAUCGAGCCAGCAUUCAGUGAUGACUUCAAGAUCGGUGGCUACCAGGCUCAUGAUUACUUCGGAGACGGCAGUCUGUACGUCCUCAAUAUACCAGGACACACCACCGGCCACAUCUCGGCGCUUGUGAGGACCACACCAGAAACUUUCAUCUUCAUGGGUGGUGAUGUCUGCCACUUCACCGGAGUGAUCCGACCGUCACAGUAUAUCCCUCUGCCAGAUCCGAUCCCCAAGAAUACCGUCCUCGAUCCACGAUUGUCGGCUCCUUGCCCUUGCUCGAUCUUCACAAAGUGCCAUCCAGACCAGGAUAACAGUCGGACGAGUGCUUUCUAUCGAUGCAGUACGGGAGGACCUUAUGGCUCGUGGUAUGAUGAUCCGGCCACUGCUAUGCAAAGCAUCGCGUCGCUUUUCGAGUUCGAUGCCGAUCCGAAUGUUAUGGUCUUGAUCGCGCAUGACUCUGCGCCUAAGGACUCCUUGACUUUCUUCCCGAAUGGUACACUGAAUGACUGGAAGUCUAAGGGGCACAAAGAAGCCAUGCACUGGCAUUUUGUGAACGAACUGCCUGUAGGUGGGAAGCAGGAAAGGAAUCCGUUGACAGAUGGUCUUUAUCGGGAUGAUGGUCAGGGACUCAAGAAGGUCAAGACCAUGUAUGGCGAGCCGGUAUGA